AGAUACGCAUGCGCAUUGAACGUACUUCCUACUUGAUGCUGGUUUGCAAUUAAAUGUCUAUUUCAUGAAUUUCUCUUAAUCAGCUGAUAAGACGUUUAUAAUAGUUAUAAAAGUAUUCCUCAACUACCAGACACACACCCAUAUAACAACACUAUCCUUUACGAAACAGUUCCAACAUCAGAUGACAUUGACAUAACAGAAGAAGCAUCCUCAAUAUCUACCACGUUUUAAAGACUAAAAGAAGAAUAUUUUGCAAAGCAGAUGUGUCGGAUAGUUUCUAGAAAUCUAUGGUAGAAUUCCUGUGAAACGUUUGCUCUGAAAUAUUAUUAGCCAAAUUUGUGAACCUCCCAGGCUUGUGUUUUCAAGAAGAGGAGCCUGUGUGCUCAUUGAAGUUGGAUAAAUUGAUUGAAGUGUUGUUAAACAAAGGUAACACUGGACCGAAAUACAACAGUUAAAGUACCUGUAAGGAACAAAGUACAAGAACCAAAGGAAGAAGGAUAUAUGAACUUGGAUUUGAGAGAAAAUAAUGGAAAAGAGUGAGAAAAUUGUAGAAUUGAUUUUCUCUGAAGACAUGAUGAAAAAGAUGACAUCAUAUGACUGUGAUGUAUGUACAGAGUCCUUCUUUCAAGAAAGUAACCUACUUACACACAAACCUGUUCAUACAGGUGACAAACCACAUCACUGUGAUAUCUGUGGUAAAUCAUUCUCUCAAAGUAGUAGCCUUACUAGGCACAAACGUACUCAUACAGGAGAAAGACCAUAUCAUUGUGAUAUUUGUGAUAGAUCCUUCUCUGACAGUAGUCACUUAACAAAACACAAACGUCUUCAUACAGGAGAGAAACCAUAUCAUUGUGAUAUCUGUGGUAAAUCAUUCGCUGAAAGUAGUCACUUAUUGACACACAAACAUGUUCAUACAGGUGAGAAACCACAUCACUGUGACAUCUGUGGUAAAUCAUUCUCUCAUGGUUCUGACUUAAUAAAACACAAACGUAUUCAUACAGGAGAGAAACCCUAUCAGUGUGAUAUCUGUGGUAAAUCAUUCUCUCAGAAUUGUUUCUUAACUGUACAUAAACGUUUUCAUACAGGAGAGAAACCAUAUCAGUGUGAUAUCUGUGGUAAAUCAUUCUAUCAGAAUUGUGUCUUAACUAAACAUAAACGUCUUCAUACAGGAGAGAAACCAUAUCAUUGUGAUAUCUGUUAUAAAUCAUUCAUUGACAGUAGUCAGUUAUCUAAACACAAACGUAUUCAUACAGGAGAAAAACCAUAUCAGUGUGAUAUCUGUAGUAAAUCGUUCUCUGAAAGUGGUGCAUUAAAUAGACACAAAUUUAUUCAUGCAGGAGAGAAACCAUAUCACUGUGAUAUCUGUGGUAAAUCAUUUUCUCGAAAUAGUAACUUAACGAAACACAAAUAUAUUCAUACAGGAGAGAAAGCAUGGCAUUGUGAUAUCUGUGGUAAAUCAUUCUCUCAUAAUAGUAUCUUGACUAUACAUAAACGUAGUCAUACAGGAGAGAAACCAUAUCACUGUGACAUUUGUGGUAAAUCAUUCUCUGAAAAUGGUACAUUAACUAGACACAAAUCUAUUCAUACAGCAGAGAAACCGUAUCACUGUGAUAUUUGUGGUAAAUCAUUCUCUUGCAGUAGUAAGUUAUCUACACACAAACUUAUUCAUACAGGAGAGACACCAUAUCAUUGUGAUAUUUGUGGUAAACCAUGCUCUAAUAAUAGUGCCUUAAUGUCACACAAACGUAUUCAUUCAGGAGAGAGACCAUAUCAUUGUGAUAUCUGUGGUAAAUCAUUCUCUCAAAGUAAUACUUUAAAGGGACACAAACGUAUUCAUACAGGAGAGAAGCCAUAUCAGUGUGAUAUCUGUGGUACAUCAUUCUCUCAAGGCAAUCACUUAACUGUACAUAGACGUAUUCAUACAGGAGAAACGCCAUAUCAAUGUGAUAUUUGUGGUAAACCAUGCUCUAAUAAUAGUGCUUUAACAUCACACAGACGUAUUCAUACAGGAGAGAAACCAUAUCAUUGUGAUAUCUGUGGUAAAUCAUUCUCUCGAAGUAGUCACGUUACUGUGCACAAACGUAUUCAUACAGGAGAGAAACCAUAUCACUGUGAUAUUUGUGGUAAACACUUUUCUCACAAUAGUAACUUUACAAAACACAAACGUAUUCAUGCAGGAGAGAAACCAUAUCAUUGUGAUAUCUGUGGUAAACCAUGCUCUAAUAAUAGUGCCUUAACAUCUCACAGACGUAUUCAUACUGGAGAGAAGCCAUACCACUGUGAUAUAUGUGGUAAAUCUUUCUCUCAAAGUAACACCUUAAAGGGACACAAAAGUGUUCAUACAGGAGAGAAGCCAUACCAUUGUGAUGUCUGUGGCAAAUCAUUCUCUCUAAAUGGUGACUUAGCUAAACACAAACCUAUUCAUACAGGAGAGAAGCCAUAUCACUGUGAUAUUUGUGGUAAAUCAUUCUCUGGCAAUUGUGCCUUAGUAGCGCACAAACGUAUUCAUACAGGAAUACACACAUAUAACAACGCUAUCCUUUAUGAAGCAUUUCCAACAUCAGACAACAUUGACAUAACAGAAGAAACAUCCUCAACAUCUACCACGUUUCAAAGACUAAAAGAAAAUAUUGUACAAAACAGAUGUAUCAGAUUGUGUUUUACAAAUCUGUGGAAGAAUUCUUGUGAAACAAUUCCUCAGAAGAAAAAUAUAUAA